AUGGUGAAAAGAAAAGUAAGUGGAAAAAAAUCUACUUUAAUUAAUAUUCUCUUUUACAUUAAAGUUUGUUUUACUAUUAAAUUAUCAAAUUUACCAAAUAGUGGUAUUUGUAAAGCUGCCUGUUGGAUAAACAUUAAUUAUCAAUCGGAAGAAUAUCAUGUGAUUGUUUUAAAAAAAGGUCAUCUAAGUCAUCAUCAUAGAGAAGAAUCAGAUUGA